AGCCAUUUUGGCUCAAGCCUGCCUUGGGCGCCAGGCGGGCGAGGUGCGCGCUUUGUCUCUCUCUCCGUAGAGUCCCGUCGCCUCGGCGGGCAAAGAGAGCGGCUCUGUCUCAGUCCCCUCGUCCUGCGGCCCUGGCAAUGGCUACGGUCCCCUCGCCCCCGAGCGCGGGUCAGGUGGCGGCCCUUGCCUUACUGGCUCGGGCGGCGGCGGCAGGCGCGGCGGAGGGCGGAGGCGGGCGGCAGAGUGUGGCUGCGGCCGUGGCUGCUGCCCUCCGCACUGUCGCCUCCCUGCUGGGCCUGCAGCAGGACGUCCAGAAGACACCGCUCGACGAGGCGGGCGAGCAGCAGGUGGCGACGCGGCUCCUGGCGAUCGAGCGGGCGCUCUCGCUCCAGGUCGCGGGACAGCCCGUCCCAGGCGCGGUCCGCCUGGACCGCAACCUCGCCGCCCACGCCGAGAUUGGCAAGGGCGCCGGCGUCCUUGGCCUGCCGGUCGCGGAGAAGCGGCGCCGGCAGCGCGGCCGCAGGCGCGGGCGCAAGCAAUCCGAGCUGUCCGACACGGAGGGCCCCUCGGAUGAGAAAGACGAGCACCGGUCCAACCUUGUCUGCACGGACUCGGACCAGGGCUGCGACAAUCCACACUACAAGUACGGGGAUGGGGACAAGGAGAAGAUCGAGAAGGUGGUGCACGAUACCUUCAACCUGAUGGACCAGCGGACCUCCACCCUCCUGAGUUUCGAGGGCAAGCAGAAGGAGCUGGAGACCAUCGACAACCCCAUUCCCAAGAAGGCGCUCGAGACUGACCAGGCGGUGCAGGACACAGACGCUGUGCGAGAGUCGCAGCGCAAGGGCGUGCUCAAGGAGUACAUGUCGUCGGCUGCUUCCGCUCCCCUCGAGUGCAUGAAAAACGAGCCCAGCCUGGGCAAGGGUGGCAAGAGUAAGCCCCGCGGCUCCUACGCCAUGGUCAACAUUGGCAUGGGUAGGUCGGGCUUCGAGCCGCUUGGGCGCGUCGGCAAGGGCAAGGACAAGGGCAUCGGCCUCUGAAUCGCCUGCCGUUCGCACCCCUGCAGAUUUAUAGGCUGCAGGGUAUCGGCGCUAGCCACGUCAGAAGGCUAUCGCUUCUGCUUCUGCCCUCGAGCAAAAAAAAUCCUCCUCCUCCUCCUCCUCCGCUUCCCGCGGCUUCGCGCGAGAGAAGCCGCGCAGGGCGAGCUCCCCAGGGGCGGGGUCCUGGCUGAUGUUGACCCUGGCGAAAGGCCAGACGAUGCUCGACGCAGGGCCGCGAGCACCGCCUCCGCCGAGUGCGGCACUGGACGGGGGACGGAGCAGGUCAGGCCACCUGUUCCGUUUCCCUCUGGGCCCUCCAGGUCGAUUCCUCAUUGCGCC